AUGGAAGCCUUUAGAAGUUACCGAAGUGUUGAAUACACUUUUAACGAAAAGGCAGUAAAUCCUGAGCCUACCCCUAAUAAUUUCAAUUUUCAAAAGCUCGCUGAAUCAUUGUUAUCAUUCAUUGGUAUUCGUCCUCAAGAAAACGAUACUACUUCUCCACCUUCUAACACAUUACUCAAACAAAAUCGAUCAUGUCAGCGAGUGACGGCCUAUGUACAAUUUAAAAAUUCUAAUCCAAAAGAUUUUAAUGGUGUAGUAACAUUUUUUCAACAGAAUAAUGGAUCGACAGUUGUUUAUGGACAAUGGAAUGGUUUAAAGGAUUUAGAUCCAAUGAAUUAUGAAUUUGUAAUUUAUAAAAAUGGUGUAGCACAACGAGAUAUGACUAUUAAUAUUCGAAGAGGUAUUGAGUUUGAAGGAAACUCCGCUUUUCUGAGGACUACUUUUGAUUCAUUACCACUUUCAGGGAUAGGUCAAAUUAUUGGUGGAAGUCUUUAUAUAUCAUAUUGUGGGAAGUUCAUUGAAUGA